AUGGCACCAAAGAGAAACGAGGCAGAAUCAACCGCGGACCAGAUGCAGCAGCAGAUGGGUCGCAUCUCACUUCUGGAGCAGAGCAUGACCAAGGUCGAUGCGAUGGAGCAGACCUUGGCGGUGAUGCAACAGCAGAUGAGCGCUUUCUUUGGCCGGUUGGAGCAGGAGAAGAACGAGCAGGCGAGAGAGAAGGCUCGUUCGCUCGAAGCCGCCAAAGGAAAAGCUCAUCAGGAAGAAGAAACAUCAGUCGGAGAAGGAUCUUCACCGGUAACGACUAAAGCCGGCCAGGUCCUGGAUCAGACACCGAUUUCGGUGGAGGAAGAAGGAUCAGAGAGGAAGGGAGCGUUUUCUCAGGGAUCCAGUCAGAUGGAGGAAGACUAUCGGAACAAAAGAUUGGCCCGCUGGCUUGAGCUACCCUUGUUCGAUGGCGAACAAGCAGAUAGCUGGGUGCUGAGGGCGGAUCAGUAUUUUGAGAUCAGUGAGUUCACAGAGGAACAGAAGCUGAAAGCGGUGAAGAUGUGUUUCGUUGAAGACGCACUUUUGUGGUAUCGUUGGGAGCGUGAUAGAGACCCAUUCCGGAGUUGGAGUCAGCUGAAGGAGAGGGUGUUGGAGCAAUACUCGACGGCGAGAGAUACGUCAGCCGGCGAGAGGCUCCUCCGCCUCCGACAGGAAGGGUCUGUCAAAGACUACUGUCGGGAGUUUAUAUCGCUGGCGACAAACGCACCGGAGCUGACGGACGCGGUGUUGGAAAUGGCGUUCAUGAAUGGGUUAAAACCACGCAUUCGAGCGGGAGUGAGAAUGUUCGAGCCAAAAACGUUGCAAAAGAUGAUGAGUUUAGCUCGGAAGGUGGAAGAAUGGGAGGGAGACAACGGGGAAGACGAUUCGAAACCCUACCCCAGUUUAGCAGGCCGUAACCCGAAACCCAAUAACCGCAGUGACGAGACGACUAAUAAGUUGAGCUUUAAUGGGCCUAAUCAACAAAAGUCCAAGCCCAACUACACGUCAAGCCUGUCACCGCAGAAGGACAAAGGGGUUGCGGGAAAGACUACGACCUAUCACAAUAGGGUAAAGGCUCCGUUUCGCCGUCUGACGCCGGCAGAGAUCGAGCAACGGAGGUCGGCCGGUCUCUGUUUUCGCUGCGACGAGAAGUUCUUCCGGAACCACAAGUGUCCCAAGCCGGAACUCACGGUGUUGAUUAUGCACGACGAUGGGAAGGAAGAGGUGUUCGACGAAGAGCCGUGUGAGCUGCUAGAUGAGGAGGAGAACGAAGUCGAGGCAGUGGUGGCAGAGGUCUCAAUUAGCUCUGUUGUUGGUCUGACCUCAUCUCGCACGAUGAAGUUAAAAGGGGAGUUGGGAGGAGAGGAGGUGACUGUCCUUAUCGACAGCGGCGCCUCUCACAAUUUCAUUUCGGAGAAGAUGGCUAGUCGAAUGGGACUCAUAACGAAGAACACAACACGCUACGGGGUAAUGGUGGCUGGUGGAGUUAAAGUGCAAGGGAGAGGGGUGAUUACAGGAGUAGAGUUGAAGUUGCAAGACUGUACCAUUCACACGAGUUUUCUGCCUCUGGAGCUGGGUAUAGCAGACGUGAUUUUGGGAGUACAGUGGCUCGACACACUGGGUGAAAUGCGAGUUAACUGGAAACUGCAGAGGAUGAAAAUCAGGUUGUCUGGGGAGUGGGUUCUGAUACAGGGAGAUCCCAGCCUUCAUUCAGCAGGAGUGUCUUUGAAGUCGAUUUGGAAAACGUUGGAGGAAGAAGGAGAGGGUAUUGUAGUGGAGUUUGGAGGAUUGCAGGCUGGGGAAACGGGAUUUCCCGUGACCGUCGAUCAGGAGUGGCAGGCCGUGUUGGGACAGUACGCUGGGGUGUUUCAAGAACCCACAGGACUGCCACCAUCAAGAGGGAAGGAGCACGCUAUAUUGCUGGAGGCAGGAGCCAGUCCCGUUAGUGUCAGACCAUUCCGUUAUCCUCAAGCACAGAAGACGGAGAUUGAGAAGCAGAUCGGUCUGAUGCUGGCAGCAGGGAUUAUAAAGGAAAGCAAUAGCCCAUUCUCAAGUCCGGUGUUAUUGGUGAAGAAGAAAGACGGAAGUUGGAGGUUUUGCGUAGACUAUCGAGCUCUCAAUCGAGUCACCAUAGCAGACAAGUACCCAAUACCAAUGAUCGAUCAACUCUUGGAUGAGCUCCAUGGCGCCGUGGUGUUCUCGAAGCUCGACCUCCGCUCAGGCUACCAUCAAAUUCUGGUAAAGUCUGAGGAUGUUCCAAAAACAGCUUUCCGCACGCACGACGGACAUUACGAGUUCCUCGUCAUGCCAUUUGGGCUCUCCAACGCUCCAGCAACGUUCCAGUCUCUUAUGAAUGAUGUAUUCAGACCUCAUUUGCGCCGGUUUGUCCUGGUCUUUUUUGACGACAUCCUGGUCUACAGCAAGACAAAGGAGGCGCAUGAGAGGCACUUGGAGAUUGUAUUGGGGCUGCUGGAGAAGAACCGUCUCUACGCAAACAGGAAGAAAUGUCACUUUGGUUGUGAGAAGGUAGAGUAUUUGGGUUAUGUGAUCUCAGCACAAGGGGUGGCGGCGGAUCCAGAAAAGAUACGAGCGAUGGUUAACUGGCCAGUACCAAGAGUAGUGAAAGAGUUGAGAGGGUUCCUUGGUCUCACCGGCUACUACAGGAAAUUCGUGCUAGGCUAUGGGAGUAUAGCACGACCUUUGACCUCUCUGUUACAGAAGGAUCAGUUUUUUUGGAACCAGGAAGCAACAGAGGCAUUCAGGGGGUUGAAGGAAGCCAUGACCAGUCCCGGUCUUGGCGAUGCCAAAUUUCGAGGAGCUGUUUGUGGUAGAAUCAGACGCGUCUGGUGUAGGGUUGGGAGCGGUAUUGAUGCAGCAACAGCGGCCUAUAGCAUAUUUCAGUCAAGCGUUGACUGCUCGCCAGAAGCUCAAAUCAGUCUAUGA